UCGGGGUUCACAAGCUGAACAGUGGGAAUAAUAUGCGUCUAGUAUCGGGUAUUGGUCACAAGUACAACUAACGCGUGCGGACAGACUGUAGUCGUGUAAAAAAAAAAAAAAGUGUGGCGAGAUGAACAGGCUAUAACUCCGUGCGCAGAGAGCCAGUUUACACGCUCUCCAAACUCCAAAGCAAAUCACGCUAAGAAAACAAACAGAAGGAAAUGAACCGUUUUGCUGUUGUGAAAGUACAAAUCUUUCUGCUUUUGCUGAGGACACUUAACGCGCCAGUAUAGAAAAGAGACCGGACAUGUCCGUUACGCACGGGUGUACGCACUUCACACUGGAUCGUUUUGAUUUUUAAUACUCGCGGACGUGAUUGUGUUUGGGUUUUUAUCCCAACAACAAUAUCAAGCUGAAAUCGGAGUGUCAGACUGGAUGUACAGCUGUACUAUGUGUGGCCACUCUUUCUGGUGCGGUGCGCAAUCAGCGCGCAGAGGAUUUAUCUGGGAAACCGUGUCUUGUAAUAAUUAACAAAGUUGAUCCACUGUUAAAAGGGACCAAAUUAAAAGCCAUGAUGACUUUCCAAACUUUAUGGAUAUUGUUUCCUCUUCUAGAUUUACUACACGUGUCACUGUGUGCUGAACUGGCGCAGACUCGAGCAUCCCGGCUGGACUGUGUCCGGGCUCAUGAGCAGUGUCUGGGUCGUUAUGGCUGCAGCUCUGCUUUCCGCACAAUGAGGCAGUGUUUGGCGGGUACAGGGGGCAACUUCAGCGCACUAAACGAGCCCGAGGCACAAGACGAGUGCAGGAAUGCCAUGGAGUCCAUGAGACAGAGCUCUCUAUAUAACUGCAAAUGCAAGAGAGGCAUGAAGAAAGAGAAGAAGUGCCUGCGCAUCUUUUGGAGUGUCUAUCACAGUUUACAGGGCAAUGAUUUGCUGGAGGACUCUCCAUACGAGCCAGUGAACAGCCGCCUGUCUGACAUAUUCCGCCUGGCUCCCAUCAUAUCAGGUGAAGCUGCUUUUAGCAAGGACAACAACUGCCUGAAUGCAGCCAAGGCCUGCAACCUGAAUGACACGUGUAAGAAAUACCGCUCGGCCUACAUCAGCCCAUGCACCAAUCGGGUCUCCACCACUGAGGUGUGCAACAAGCGCAAGUGUCACAAAGCCCUGCGGCAGUUCUUUGACAAGGUGCCAGCCAAGCACAGCUAUGGCAUGCUUUUCUGUUCGUGUCCGUCUGGGGAGCACUCAGCCUGCUCAGAGCGCAGACGCCAGACCAUCGUUCCAGCGUGCUCCUAUGAGGACAAGGACAAACCCAAUUGUCUGUCCCUGCAAGCCAACUGCAAGACCAACUACAUUUGCAGGUCUCGCCUGGCUGACUUCUUUACCAACUGCCAGCCAGAGGCUCGUUCGAUAUCCGGCUGCCUGAAGGAGAGCUAUGCUGACUGUCUGCUGGCUUACUCUGGCCUUAUAGGCACAGUGAUGACCCCGAAUUACCUGCGUUCAAGCAUCAGCGUAUCUCCCUGGUGCGACUGCACCAGCAGCGGAAACGGGAAGCCAGAGUGUGACAAGUUCUCUGAAUUCUUCACUAACAACCGCUGUCUCCGUAAUGCUAUCCAAGCAUUCGGGAAUGGUACAGAUGUUGGCGUGUGGCAGCCUCAGCCACCCAUCCAACCAACUGGCCAUUCCAGCACUCCUCAGAGAGGACAGGAGAGGACAAUUAAUGGACUAGAUGACCCAGCUUUCACUAAUGAACUGAACCCCAGCAAUGGUCACCACCUCUAUAGCUUCUGUGGAAACCUCCAGGCCCAGAAGCUGAAAGCGAACGUCACAGUGGAUGUUCUAUGUGUGGACCCUCCUCUGGAUGACCCCAGCAGCUUCAACGCUAUAUCAGGGAGCUCAUCCAGCCUCGUCCACUCCUUCGCCGUCCUCUUUGUUAUCCAGCUCUUGAAUUUGUAGCCGCUCUCCAUUCCAGACUGCUCCUGUACCAUAGUCACAGCUCCUCUAACGCAACUGAUGCUGUACCAAGUGUGAUGUCUAGAUUUGUUGAAGCCAUUUUCCUUUUUGAUUCCUGCUGGACAAAAAUGGACGCAGUGUUACUGUCAUGGAAAUAAAAGGUCACCGGUCAAAAAAAACGAAGUGGAUACCUUACUUUUGUCACUAUUUGCUCUCAAUGUGGUAACUUGUGUUGGAAAUUGUGUUUUGUGUAGAAGGUGUAUCCAUCCACAGUUUUGAAAAGGAGCUGCAGAGGAAAAUAAGGAUCAUUAAAUGCAUUAAGAAGGACCCCCUACUGCAGCAAGUCCCUUUCGGCUAAUGGGAAAAGACUCGACAAUUUACAGAUGUUAAUUUUUCUAGAGACAAGCUUGUAAACUCCUUGCUACAGUCAAAAUCCCACAUAUCCCUGAAAAGCAUCUGCCUUCUAAUCCAGUCCAUUAGCUCUUUCAACAUGAGCAGUCAUGGUUUCCCCUGUGUGUCUGCAGCAUGGCCCUGAUACACACUGAGACUCACGGCAAAAGCAUGAGGCAGAAAAAAACCUUCAAGAUUUUUUUUACAAACAGGGGAAUUUUUUUGUUGCUUGAUGUUGCUCAAGUAAGACUUUAAAAGCCAAAUGUCCAGCAUCAAUUGCAUUUUCUGAGGAGAAACAUUUUACGCACUAUUGCUUUCAAAUGCUAUUUUUUGUUUAGAAUAGCUUUUAAUUGAUCAAAUGUAUGCCAUAAAAUGACCAGUGCUGGUAAAAUACCACCUGAUGUGUUUAACUGUGUGCAUUAAUGUUCGACUGGAAGCAAAAAAGAGACAAACAUUUGAAUGUUUAAAGCCACAGAAUUCAUAAUGGUCUGGUGAUUGUGUUGUGCGUUCCGAGAAGCUUUUCUGCUCACCAUGGAUGUAAAGACUGACUGGUUAUAUGAAUUCGCGUAACCUUCAUGUUAACCAGUCUGGCUGUACUCCACUGAUGACUCUCUAAACAACUGGUUGUUUUUGAUUGUAUGUUUGUUUUGCAGCAUUAUAUGUAAAAUCUAGAUCCUGAGGUGUGUGAAAAUCCCAGGACAUCAUCAGUUUAAGAAACACUCAAUCAUCCAUACCUGACUCACUGAGAUCAAAAACCCACAUGCUGAUGCUUGAUGUGAACAUUAAAUGAAGCUUAUGACCUGUAUAUUCAUAAUUGUAUGCACUACACCGCUGCCACGUGAUUGGCCGAUUUGGAUAUAUGCAUGAACGUUCAGGUGUUCCUAAUAAAGUGAAUGGUGAGUGUAUUUCAAUGUUAUGUUUUAUUCAGUGGUGUUAAAACAAUCAGAAUUCAAACACUCAAUUAACACUCAAAUUUUUAGGUCUCUUUUUUGCUUCUAUAUUCAUUCAAAGCAAAGGUCUUCACACAAAAGGUUGAUGCGUCAAUCUGGAGCACCUCUACGUAUAAUGUGCUGUAAAAUAAGUCAAAAUGUUUUCUCUCUCUUUUAGACGAGGUGUUCUAAAGAUUUCAGCAUUGUUGUGGUACCGUGAACUGUUAAAAAAAAAAAUUUGAAAAAGUACACAUGU